AUGUUGCAAAGGUUUCGCGCGUGCUCCAUUAUAUUAUCCUUGGCGCUGCUGAGCCCGGCUCAAGCGGCCAUAGAGCUGACUAGAAAUGGAUGCGGAGAGACGAAAGGCUGUCUCUUUCGACCCUCUGGAUGUGAUCCAAUGGUCGAUUGCACAAUAGGUUUGUUCGUUUAUGUUUUUUCGAUAUUUUUUUUGAUUUUUUUGGAGAUUAUGAACAAUAUCAGGAGAAUUGAAAGUUUCGAUGAAUUUUCUGUUUUUUAAAUCUACAAACUGAUGUCAAAAUGUUCCCCAGAGAUUGGUCUUGCUGUUUGUAUUAAUUUUGAUUUGAUUUUCUUUAAUUUUUGGCAAGAAAACGUUAAUUUACCUUAUUUUAGGUAUGAUCUUCUACGUCAGCGGCCCAAAUGAGCUGACAGUCCAAUUGACGGCCACUUCCUUGAUGCCACAACCUCAAUUACAGUACAUAGCCGUUGGUUACAGUCAUGACAGUGUUAUGGUGCGUUUUAAAUGUUUUUUACAUGUUAUUUUAGGCGGAAUAUCUAAAAUAAUAUAAUUUUUUGUCGAAAAUAUGCGUUUUUUUUUUGUAAAAUACGCUCGUAGAUUUGGAUUUUGAUAAAGAUAUUUUUUUUUCAGGGAGAUGACUAUGUGGUUGAGUGUGUUUUGAGUCCCAAAGGUGGAGCUUUCAAUGAAGUCGAGGUGUUCACAUCUUAUAAUGAAGGAAAGUCCAAUGACAGAACCUAUUUGAACUCGGUAAGGUGCUAAAAUACCAGCAAAUUAAUCGCUGUUUAGACGGAGAAUGCCAUCAUCUUCAGUCAUGUGGAAGGACAAGUGGUUGAUGGCAGGAUCUCUUGUCAAUUUAGCCAACAAAUUGUACCUCAGAUGGAGUCCAAGAAUGGCAGAAUUUGGUCGCUAAAUUCGAAAUACUACAUUUUUGGAGCCACUGGAUCCGCUCAGCCUGAUGGUAGGUUAAUUAUACACCCUUUGAAAGCAUUUUUAGGGAAGGUGACAUUUUAUACGAUAAAAAAACCAAAAGUUGGAAAUGCCCAACUGAGCAGGUUUCGUCGUAUAAAAUGGUCUCAUUGUUUUAAAGUUGGCUAAUUCACGUCCUCCGUUCCAGAAAUCAACGCCCAUGACACGAGUCGCGGCUCAUUUUAUUACCCGAUCAUCUCCAACCGCGCCAUCAACCCAGCCUUAAUCGGAGAGCGGGUCUACGAUCUGCCCGAACCUUUCCCAGAACCCAAGAAGGCAGCGGAGAAAGCGGAAAAGAAGGAAGAAGCCAAAGAACCGGAGAAUUCGGCAACAACAGGAACCUUGGCAUUAACAACAUUAUUCAUGGCUGCUUUGGGUUAUAUCUUGUUGUAG